ACUGCUGUUGCUGCUGCUCUGCGGCCUGCGAGCUGAGAUUCAAGAAGAAGAAGAAGUCAGAGCGAUGGUGGGCAGUGACGUCUGGCUCAGCUGCAUUUACCCUAAAGGAAACAGCUUCGAUUUAAAUGACCUUUAUGUUUACUGGCAAAUCAGUGUGCCGGGCAAACGGAACACCAACUCCGUGGUGACUUACUACCUCUCGGGAAACAGCUCUGCCGGCCACGGUGACAACCACUACAAAGACCGGGCCCGGCUGUCCCUGGACGGCAUGAAGCAGGGCAACUUCUCUCUACACCUGCACAAUGUCACUCCCCAGGACGAACAGAAGUUCAGCUGCCUGGUGUUUCGGAAAUCCUUAGAAUUAGAAAAGAUUUUGGAAGUCACGGUCACGCUCAACGUGGCAGCAAACUACAGCAUGCCAGUGGUCAGCGGCCCAUCCCAGGACGAGGAGUUCAUCUUCACGUGCACGUCCAUGAAUGGCUACCCGCGGCCCAACGUGUACUGGAUCAAUAAGACGGACAACAGCCUGCUGGACGACACCCUGCAGAACAGCACCGUGUCCCUAAACGCGCGGGGCCUGUACGACGUGGUCAGUGUCCUGCGGAUCGGGCGCGGCCCCACCAUCGACGUGGGCUGCUGCAUCGAGAAUGUGCUUCUUCACCAGAACCUGACCAGCGGCCAGACAGAAAUGUUCACGGGAACCAAGGACAGCAUCACAGAGGACCCAGUGGACGACACCCAAGAUGCGGUGAGGCGGCUGGUUCUCAGCGUCCUUGCCGUGCUGUUUGUGGCCAUGGCCCUGGCUGUGGCCACGGGCUGGCUGUGCAGGCGGAGAUGUCCCUACAGAAGCUACGCAGGCGCCCAGGCUGCGAGGCCGGAGCUGGAGCUCACGGGUCAGUUUGCCAGGAGGGAAGGAGACCCGUGGAGGAAGCGCGGGCCCAGGGGCUCGGGCGAGCUGGGCACGCCACUCUCUCUGUGCCCGCUUUUCAGCACGGGUGCUACUCGAUGACCAGGAAAUAGGCGUUUCCAGUUUCUGAGACGGUGAAACCCCAAGCGAAGGCCUGUCCCCCUGGCCUUCCUUGGCGUGUAAGCCCGUCCUCUUGCUGACAUUGUGCUAUGGGAUUUUCCAAACGUACAGCUACACGUACACGUCAGCAGAGAGCCUGGGACCACAGCCCCGCUGCCCCUCCCCAGCUGCCCGGCUGGUCCUCCUGUUCUCCCUCCGUCUCAGCCCCACCCCUCGGGGGCGGGGGCUCUCCAGCGAGUCCAGACCCUUUGUGCGGGCACCUCACUGUCCCAGAGCAAAGGUCAGAGUGAUUCCCCGCCCCAGUUUGGGAAAGUAGCCACACGCAGGGCCUUCAGUUUCGGUUUCCCACUGGCAGGUGCCUCAGGCUGCCAGGGCCUUUGUGGUCAGGCCUGUGGGCUCCGUGCCUGAGGCCAACGACCAUACCUCUGAGCCCCGUC